CCCUUUUUAGCUUUGAGCACCCGCCCCUAUAAACGUCUCUGCACAGCCCUGCAAGGCUGUAGGAAGGAGGCAGCCCCUGAAGUGAAUGUCACAGAGACACAGCUGGAGUCCGACGAGAGGAGGAAAUGGCUGAUUGAACAAAGGCCAAAAGACUUGCAGGAGGACACAGAAAAUGGAAGAAAACUAAAAAUAACAAGAAUUGUUUUUACUGACAGUCUUAAUUUAACAACCUGACUCCAUCCAAUGAGCUCUAGCAAGCAGGAACAGCUGUGUCAAGAAACCUGUGCAGCAGCACAGUUCCCCCUGCCCCUAGACUCUCUCCAAAAAGUCUACUGACAUCUUCAGUCUUCAGUGGGUUCAGCUUCAGGUUCUGACUGCAUCACCUCUUGUCUGCACAUGUACUUGGCAUUGUUCUGGAUCAGGAGUUUCACAGAUGGUUCUCCUGAGGUGCGAUCAUUUGAGUAGAGGGAGAAGAGGGUGGAGAGAGAACACACCCCUGGGGCAGGCCGGUGCUGAUGGUCUGUCUGUGGUAUUGUGAUGCUCCUCAGCCCCAGCUGCUGCUACCUGUCAGUCAGGCAGCUGGACUGAAUGAGGCAGCUGAAUGACCUUGCUGAGAUUCGGAGUAAACCAUGGUUUGCUAUCACUGAAUGUGCAACCUUUUUCUCAGGGCUUUUUGAUCUGUUCCAGCUUCAGCUGCUUACUUACGGCGGUUUACUUCUGGCUAAAAAUGUCCCUCACAACCAGAAAGUAGCAAGGAGACUCCGGAACUCUCCUCUGACUCAGCCUCCGCUUCAGCAGGGGCGCUGUUCGCUCUCUCCGCACCGCGCUCCUCGACGCGGAACUCACAGCGUGUUUACCUUCCCACUGGCUCUCUUUGUCCCGGAGGCUCCCGGCGGGGAGAAGCCGCAGAAUGUGCACCGUGCAGCUGCUGCGGGUGUCGGUCCACGAGCGGAUCAGCGCCGCCGCCGAAGACUUCCUGCUGCGGCUGGAGAAGGGAGAAGAAGCAGCCGAGCUCCCGGAGCUGAGAGCGCUGCUGACCGAGCGGCUGACGGCGGCCGCGGAGGAGAUCGUUGCUUUGUUGGAGGAGACCGUGGCGGAGUACCAGGAGAGAGUGGAGCGCUCAGAGCGGGAGAUCUUCCGCCAGAGGAGGCUACUCGAUGCCGUGCUCAAGCCCGAAGUCCGGCUGCAAGCGGCAGGAAAUGCCUCCAUUGUGCAAACAGCCAGUCAGAGGACGGCUGAGAUUAAAGCGACUGAGCAGUGUGCAGAUCUUCUUCAGUCAGUGACACUGUACGACCCAAACGACCCCACAGACCAGAAUCCCUCCGACCCCAAGGAGCACGAUGGCAGCAAUGUUUCCUGUCCAUCAUCACCUCCUUCGCCCUCGCCAUCCUACCAUCCACCCCUCUCUGAGAGCAGCGAUGGAGACCCGGACAGUGACUGGAUUGAACAUAGGCGGACUCUCAGGCCUCUGAGGAGGAAGAAGCGUAGCCGUCCGGCGCUCAGCAUCACAAGCAACCGGAGGCCCUCGAGUCUAGCUCAGAGCUUCAGCUGCCACGUGUGCGGGCGGGCACUGCAAGGGAAAGGCUUCCUACUCAAACAUGUCCUGCACACCUGUGCCAGCAAUCCAGAGUGUCGCUGCGGUUACUGCGGGGAGUGCCUGGACUCUGCCGAUGGCCUGAAAGCUCACUUGCAGAUGCACCAGGACAACAGCAAAACAUGCUCGUUCUGUGGGAAAACCUUCCAUUCCAUCCUGGCGCAGGAAAUGCAUGUGCGGUUGCACACGGGAGAGAAACCGUACAGCUGCAACUUCUGUGGCAAGAAGUUCAGUCAGAAGGGCAACCUGACGUCACACCUGCGUGUCCACGCAGAAGAGAAAGCCUUCAAAUGUAAAGAGUGCAGCCGUGCCUUCUGUCACAUGAGCUCUUUGGAGCGCCACAUGGAAGAGCACAGCAGCUCAGCGGUGCACACCUGCAGUGUCUGUGGUGAGGAGUUCAGUAAACGGAACAGUCUGCGGCAACACAUGACAACUCAUCAGAAGAAUGACAGCCUCAGAAUUAAGAGGAGCCGCACUUCAGUACCGUCCUUCCGCUGCAAAGUUUGCGGUGACACGUUUGAUAGGAAGACCCUGUUAGUAAAACACGUUGCGACUCACCUGCAAGACACGGACUGCCGCUGUGGACUCUGCGGACACCAUUAUGAGUCCUCUGACAGCCUUGCUGCCCACCUGCGCUCCCACCGCGAGGCUGGUGGCACUUGCAGCAUCUGCGGGAAGUGCUUCCCGGGCCAAUCGGCGCUGCAGAUGCACCUGAGGAUCCACACUGGGGAGAAACCCUACAGCUGCAGCUUCUGUGGGAAGGCUUUCAACCAGAGCGGCAACCUGAAGACACACCUGAAAAUCCACACAGGUGAGCGGGCGUUCUCCUGCAGCCUGUGUGGGAAAGGCUUCACCCAAAAACAGACCCUGGACACACAUGUCCGCUUCCACAACAAGGAGCGCCGCUUCCUGUGUCAGGUAUGCGGGAAGGGUUUCAUGCAGGAUGUGGACCUUAAGAGACAUAUGCUGAUCCAUACCGGGGAGAAACCAUACACCUGUAGGGUCUGUGGGAAGAGUUUCCAGGCCAAACGCUCGCUUAAUGGGCACCUUAAAGUGCAUUUAGCUGGCCAGGAGGACUCGAGGUCAGAGCCGCAGAGGACAGCAGAGGACAGCUUCUACUCAGGAUUCACGCAGUUGUAGUACUACAGCAUCUCCCCAUUAUUGCUCAUAGCACAGAACGCUACAGGUGACAGGAAGUGUCUGACAGAGAAUGGAAUCUCUAUAAAGUUGGUCAUGUUUUCAUAAUGGUAGUUGUACCACCUUCACUGACUAUACUCCUUUCGUGUCCACCUGUCUCCCUCUCAUUCUCACACAUGUGUUCUGUUUUCCUCUUACUAGCUCCUCUUUUCUCCAGAGCAUACCUCCACCUCUCCAUGCUCUCCUCCACCUGCUCACUAUUCACUACAGAUGACGGCGUCAUCUGUAAACAUCACAGUCCACAGAGACGCCUGGCUGACCUCAUCUCUCAGUCUGUCCAUCACCACAGUAAACAAAAAGGGCUCAGAGCAUACCUGAUGUAAUCCCACCCCCACCUUCACUCCUACCACUCAAUUCACCACUGUCUCUGUCCUCAUACAUGUCCUGCACCACCAUCACGUACUUCUCUGCCACUCCUUACUUACUUGGGCGAUCGUGGCUUAAGAGUUGGGAGUUCGCCUUGUCAUCGGAAGGUUGCAGGUUCGAGCCCCGGCUCGGACAGUCUCGGUUGUUGUGUCCUUGGGCAAGACACUUCACCCGUUGC